GUACUUUUCUUGUUUUAUUAUCAAUCAUCAUCGCGUCAUGAAUUUGGCUGUCGUUAUUUUGCUAGUAGUAGCAUGUGCAGCAUUGCAGAGUUUCGGUUUGACAGUACAGCGUAAAUCGCACAUCGAGAACUACAGCUCUCAAUGGAUAGUCGGCUUCACGAUCUAUUUAGUUUUCAACAUCCUCGGUACAAUCAUACAACUCGCUAGUUUGCCACUCAUCGUUCUCGCUCCUUUGGGCGCGAUUUCACUUAUUCCGAACAUCGUAUUCGCCCGGUUACUAUUGAAAGACAAGCGUAGAGAGCUAGUACAGGGGAUCAUAUUAAUUUGUAUUGGCGCCACAUUGAUCGCAUACCACUCAGACCUCUCUCCUGAUCACCUCAGCUAUCACCAGCUGAUGAAGUUGUUUAGUAAGACUAACAAUGAGGUUUAUUUGGCACUGCAGGUGAUUGUUAUAGGUGCAACCAUUUCAAUCGGUCAUUUGUGGGAACACAAAAGAGAUACUUCAGUUGCGGAAGCCAGUCCAUUUAUAGAAAGCGCAAAAAGCCACAAGCGGAAUGGACCAGCAGUUUUGUUCGCCUCUAGUAGCGGCAUACUUAGCGGCUUCUGUCUCCUCCUAGCCAAAGGCGGUAUAGAUGUGCUCUCUAAGACAAUCAUUAAGAAUGGCAAGUGGAAAGUACUUCUGCACUGGCAGAUAUGGCUCUUAAUUGCUGUACUCGUUGUUUCUGCAGUGUUACAACUUUGGUAUCUCAACAGGGCUCUCAAAUUGGCCGAUCCGAGCUUGAUCUGUCCACUCGCGUUUUGCUUCUACAAUGUAUCUAGCAUAUUAAACGGUCUGGUAUUUUUCAAGCAAUACACACACACAUCGAAAACUGAUUUGCUUACAAUUACAGCUGGCACGACAGUAUUGUUAACUGGUGUCUGGAUUAUAAGUCUAAAUGAAAGUCUAAAAGAGAAUACUGGGGUGGAAUCGACGGACAACUCAGAUACGAUAACUGAACAGCAUUCUCCACCAAUUUCUCCUACCAUUCAGCAAGGAUUUAGCAUCGGUAUUAGUGCGAACUCGCCAAAUUUCACAACACAACAUCAAUCACGUCAGAACUCACUCCUCGGAACGAUAACUUCGCUUUUUAAGAAUAAAUAG